UCGCAUUCAAUUGCGGUUCCAGUUGUCAGUUGGGAAUUAAUUGAUGUCUACUAUAUGGCUGGUGACAAAUCUCAGUGGUUUCUGGCCAGUACGUAUAAGCCGCAGCGGCUGGAUCGCGCGGGUUGCGCGCGCGCAUCUCAUGUGUUCUAUUUACGAUAUGUGUUCGUUAUUUUAAAUUAUGAUGGCGGUUUUUAGGUUUACAGUUUUCUUAAUCCUCAUAUCAUCAUACCCAACUAGUAAUGGAGAAACAGAAAAUACUACAACAGAAAUGCCCCAAGCAGACAUGGUGGCUCCAUGCUCUGGGCUGCGACCUGGAGACGUGGACUUCCAGACAGUGGACCUGAUAGCGGUGUACCGGCUCGACCAGCCCGGUACCAAGGGGGUUACCAUGGUACAGGGGUCGCAAGACCUGCAGAGAGCUUAUAGGAUAGGGCUGGACGUUAACUUUACUUUGCCGUUAAAGGACGUUUUCCCAAACGGUAUACCAGGACACUUCAGCAUAGUCGGCACAUUCAACGCUCGCGGUCAGCGCCGACCCUGGAGUUUGGUGCGAGCUCGCGCCGACAGUCUUCUGUUCUCACUGACCUUCUUACCCGUGUCUAAGAAGAUUGCGGUCUUCUAUGGAGGGUCCAGAGUGCUUUUUAAUAGUUGGGAGAUAUUUACUCCCGGAUGGCACAAAAUACACGCAUCGAUCUCCAACGACACUGUUCAUGUGGCUGUGGAUUGUGUGGAGCUAAUGCCAGAGAAGAUCGACGUCCGGGACUACACGAAUGCUAGUUCAAUAACUAUUGUGUCUAACGACGAUGGUACGGCUGCACCUAUAGACCUUCAAUGGUUGUCGCUAAGCUGCGACCGCUAUAACCUGACUAGAGAUAGCUGCGAAGAAAUUGAUAAGCCGCAGCUCCUCGUAGCAACAUCACCACCGACUUAUGAUGUCGACCCGUCUGCUAUAGCCGAGCCGUUCGUAUUAUCCUGUAAUAACACCUGCCCGCCAGGUCCAGUUGGACCUCCAGGCAUCAAAGGAGAGCCGGGACCGAGAGGAUUUACUGGUAUCCCGGGGAUACGAGGUACGAAAGGUGACCCAGGUUUCUUAGGAGCGCCUGGAGUACCGGGGAUCAAGGGUGACCGGGGCGAUCCCGGGGCGCCCGGUCUGCCGGGGUAUGUCGUCAAUACGACAGGGACAGGAUAUGUUGGACCGCCGGGAGAACCAGGACGACGCGGCUCCAAAGGUGAAAAGGGAGAUGUCGGCCAAAAAGGAGAACCGGGUGAAGCAGGUCUGGUUGGAUUAGCUGGUGUACCGGGCACACAUGGGAAAGAUGGUUCACCAGGACCACCAGGGCCCGUGGGCCCGCGAGGGGAGCGCGGUGAGCAGGGCCCGCCCGGACCUGCCAGUAACUUCAACUCCUCACUCGUAUUAGGUGCAAAAGGAGAAAAAGGUGCACCGGGCAGAGCAGGCAGAGAUGGGGAGACUGGUCCCAGGGGACUGCCAGGACUAAAUGGAGCUCCGGGUCAACCGGGUUCCCAGGGACCAAUUGGUUUGACAGGUGCGGCGGGGACCAGCGGUCCGCCCGGGCCACAGGGGCCCGCAGGAGAGAGGGGUCCUGAAGGAUUACAGGGUCCGGAAGGGCCACCAGGGCCUCGUGGGGCUCCAGGUCCCCCAGGAACUGCAGCCACUGCUGGGGCGCAAAUCUCAAUACCAGGACCACCUGGACCUAAGGGUCCGAGCGGAGAAAAAGGCGAACGCGGUUUCCCAGGCUUCCCCGGCAAAGAUGGUGUGAAUGGGGUCCCUGGAGCCCCUGGACCAGCGGGUCCACCAGGACUUCCGGCACCCCCUGCUAGGGUUUACGAGCAGCAGGCACCGUCAAUAUCUGAAUCUGAAAUAAGAAACAUAUGUGAAGACGUGGUGAAAGAACGGUUUAGAGAGCUGACUGCAAAUCUGAUACUGCCCACACAGACUGUAGCUGGAAAACGAGGGCAUCCAGGCAGACCAGGACCGCCUGGACCGCCAGGGGUCCAAGGAUAUGCUGGCGAGCCAGGUCCUCGUGGAUAUCCUGGUGAGGCAGGAGAGUCUGGCAAGCCGGGUAGCCCCGGUGUCCCUGGAGAGAAGGGGGACAAAGGCGACCGGGGACCAGAAGGCGUCGGACUGCCAGGACCAGAGGGACCCAGAGGAAUAGCAGGUCCACUUGGCCCUCCUGGCCAUCCAGGAAGAAUGGGAGAAAGAGGAGAUCCGGGAAGAGAAGGACCAAUUGGACCUCGAGGAUACCCGGGCCCGCGCGGCACCUGCGAGUGCCCUGUGUCGUACUACGGGUACUCUCCACAAGGCCUCAUGAAGGGACCCUGACCGUAGCUGCUAAUGUACUUAAUAAAACCUUUAAUUGUU